CACCGCAAUCCACUCGCGACCUGGGCUUUGGGGGGGACACCACCUCAUGUUCACUCACUCACUCACUGCUCUCACUCACUCACUCUCGCCCAUACCCACUCAUACAGUAAAUCAGGAACACAAAGUACAUGCUCACACUACAACCUCUGCAGCGCCCCCAAAAAAGUGACAAGGCUUAAAGUCACCCUCCAUCAUCCACCGAAUCAGCGGCACUCAGUCGUCGUCCUGAUCCUCGUCCGUCCUCCGGCCCCCCGGUUUCCUGGAUCCUCAUCAACUCCGAUCCUCCCCCCCCUCUCUCAUCGCUUGAGCUGCCCGUCCAACGCAACUUGCGAACAUCCCACGAAAUCAACUCCACUUGCACACUGGGAAGCUGGCUGCUUUUCUGCUGCUGCACUGCACGUCGACUAGAAUCGCCUGCCCAGAGACAGAAGGCCACGACCCACGAUCGUCGUCGCCCGUCCCGUCCGCGCUCCUCUUCCGCCCUACGGACCACGGAUCCAACCUGUCUCGCUCUCCCUCUUUUGCCAUCUGCAUCUGCCUCUCUUGCCUCUUUGACUUUUCGCCUCCUCUCUCUCCCAUUCACUCACUCAUUCACUCAAAUUACCCUCACCCUCAAUUCACCACUCUUCACAAUACCCUUGCCCAUCUCACACUCACAUCGGGUACCUAUCUAUCCUCAUCCUCAUCCUUCUCUCCCUCUUCAUUUGCCUCCCGUCUCCCACAGUACAUCACUUUGCGCGCCUUCGCUUCAGUCCACAUACAUUCCAACUUACUACCUUUGAUCUAUCGACUCGUACUACCUACCGCCCAUACUUCUUUAACCUUCCACUCCCUUCCUGCAUUCCAUCGGUCGGAUCCUUUGCACACACAUACACACACACACUCUUUCUCUCUCUCUCUCAUAUACGAAUUGUCAUAUCCCUCCGCUGGACACCGCCACCCCGAAUAUCAACGCUCACCUUCGCGUCAGCCUGCCACGACCACAGCACGGUUUUGCUCAGCCUCGAGUGCCUAAUCACCACCGCCUCAAUGCACUUGUAGCCUCGCCAUUCGCCCAUAGAUCCACUCGGCCCCGGACGACGAGCAAACCAACUCCUUGCAAGCACUUUUAGUCUCAUCACUGUCACAACAGUCCUCCGUUUAAUCAGUUGCUCAACUUUUCCCCCUUGACCACCGUCGAACUGGAUUCACGAGCCCCCGAAGCCCCCGAGCCCACAACGACACAUCGCCAACAGACGCCAAGCUUGCCAUGUCCUCCUUGCCACCCGACCCGUACAAGGCCUUAGGCGUCUCCAAAGAUGCCCAGCUAUCCGAAAUCCGAAGCGCCCACCGGAAGCUCAUCCUCAAGUGCCACCCCGACAAGGUCCAGGACCCGACGCUCAAGGCCCAGAAGCAGGACGAGUUUCAAAAGGUCCAGCAGGCGUACGAGCUGUUGAGUGAUGAUAACGAGCGAGCCAAGUACGAUGACAACGUCAAGCUGGCCGAGCUCCGCAAGGAGAUGGCCAAGGGCAUGUCAGCCAACACGUCUGCACCUCGCGCUCCUAGGACAUAUGAGGUGCGCACUGCCGAACCCCGACCCGAUACAUUCACCAAGACGACAUACCGCCCGUCACCCGGUACCAAGAUGUACUCCCAAUACAACUCCCGGUCAUGGGAUGAGGAGAUCCACAGCCGAUCAAAUUCCAUAUUUGAGGAGCCGCGCGCCCGCCGGGCCACCAGCUACGAGAAGCCAUCUCGGGACCGACAAGACGACGACAUUAGGGAACGCGAGCGGGAACGCCGGCGCAGGGAAGACAGAGACAGGGAUAGGGAGCGCGAGGAGCUCGCACGCGUCGCAGACCGCCGGGAAAGGGAAAAAGAAAAGGAACGACAGGCGGACAAGAAGGUCGCAGAGAGGGCCGCCAAGCGCGCCGCUGAAGAAAAGGAGGCCCGACGACAAGAACGCAAGCGUCAGGAAAAGGCGGAUAAGGAGCGCGAGAAAGAGCGCAGACGCGAUGCCGAAGAAAAAUCGCGGAGACAAAAGCCGGUCUACAUGGAGCCGUUUGACGACGAACCGACGUAUAUCGCCAAGCCCGACAAGAAGAAAUCGAGCAGCAGCAGCACUACCAAGGAGAAGAAGGAUGAUAAGCGGUCCCGCUCGAUCCCGCGGGACGGUGUUCCUCUCCGGGACGACCUGUCCGUGCCGCCCGUACCGCUUCAGCCGCCCGACCACAAGACCAAGAUGACCGGAGCUAUGCUCUUUGCUGCCACUUACAUGGACCAGUCCCGCAAGACCGGCGCUAUUAACCCUCACCCGGGCCUGAACCGCUCCCAGACACACGACGUGCGCUAUGCGCCCCCGGCGCCGACGCCGCCGGCCGCGGCGCUCUACGUCGUACCUCCGCCUCCCAUCCCCGCCGAGGAGGAUUCGAGUCGCAGGUCCAAGUCGCGUCGCUCGUCCGAGACCAAGACGCGCGAAAAGUCGAGCCAUAAGAAGUCAUCGCCGACCAAAGAGCCGCCCAUGGCCGUGCCGCCGUCGCCCAACGUCGUCGAUGCUUCACCCAGCAGUCGUCAUAUGCCGCCCCAGUUUGUCUCAUCAGCGUCGUCGCCCAUAUCCACCUCGCCGCCCAAGGCCCCUCUCAGGUCGGCCACCUUCAACGACGGUUCCUACAGCCGCCCGCCGCCCAGCAUCGUCAGGGCGCAGACUUUCUCCCACGUCCCCGCCGACCCAGAACUGCGGAGCAGCGGCCGCGACCGUUCGAGGAUGCAGCCGCAGACCCUGAGCGAAGACUCGGAAUCCGACGGCGACCGUCGUCCCCACAGGAGUCACCGGUACAGGACUCGCUCUCCCGAUCCGGUGCCUACGGAUUACGGCCAGCGAACUCGGUACUCGGUCAGUGGAGGCCGUACCGUGCCGAUCUCGGCCGAAUCCGUCUACCCUCCAAUGUAUCACGAGGAGUCCUCGCCCUCCUCCAGGAAGCACAGCAAGACCGCCUACUACGAACGCCCUUCCAUGCCGUCCAGGGAAGCAAGCUACACGAACUCUGCCUACUUCCCCAAGGUCAAGACGUCGAGAUACGACCCCGUGCAGUACUCCGACAUCCCCUACCGAUGCCGCGACGAGUACAACGUAGGUUAUGCUUAGCGGGCGUAGUCUGGCCUUCUCGGACGAAUGGGCCGUGCUCCUAUAUUGGUGCCCCCUCGAGGAGGGGGCUCAAGGAGGGGGAACGUAUCGUUUUGCUGGAACGCAUCGAUGCCCAACCUCCUCCACGGCAGGGGAGGCGAUUCGAAUCUUUGACUAAAUCAUCUUUUCAAUGUUCUCCACCUCAGUUUUCCUUCUUUGGUCCGAUGCUGGUAUGAU